AUGGGUGAACCGCCGGGUUUCGUGGCACAGAAAGACUUGGCUCAUCGAGGACAUGCUCUGAUCACUCCCUCUGCGUCACCUCCUGUCUCUCGUCUACUAUUUCCAUCUUAUGCUCGCAAACGGGACAGGCCACCCACUACGAAACGCCCGAGACUUUCGUCUACGCCAUCCAGUUCUUUGUCGAAGUCCACGCGCUCUACUUCCACGUAUGAAGAACAAAAAGCCAUUGUGCAGGAGCGAUCUGCUACAUCUAUUGAUCGAUUGAAGAACGUUUGGGAUCAGCUCGAAGAACGAUACAGUCGCCCAGUUGAAGACGACGAUAUCAUUGAUCUCUUCAACCACAAGAUCUUGACAGACCGCGGCGCGAUUCGUGGCUCAUCUAAAGCGUACGAGAUGGGACUCCUCGCAGAUGAUGCGCGGCUUUCAGACGCCAACGAUGCGAAUAGCGAGGGUGGAGGUGCGGAGACCGAAUUCGACGAUGUGGACGAACUCGACGCGUUUACACCGUCUGCGAAAAUCUGGGAUGAGCUGAAGUUGGAGAAGGAGAAACUGAAUAUUCCGCCAGUGCAGGAUGAAAACCCUACGGACGCGCAGCAUUUGCAGGAAUUUCUGGAGGCGGAGAGACGGAGAAAGGAACAGUACGGCGAUAUUGAUGAAGAAGAGGUGGAUUUUCGACUGAGGUUCUUUGCCAGUGCUAGCAAUGAUGAGGAAUGGUGUGAUACUUCUGACGAAGCAGAUUGCUAUGAGGACACGGACGCAGACGAGCAGCUGGGCGAGGGGAGCCUGAGUGACCUUGGACACAGCGAAGACGAAAAGGAUGAUGAUGACUUUUCCGCUGCGCAACACAAAACAAAAGCCUCUCGUGUUCCUUUGGACGAAGAGUCUGAAGACGAACUUGCAACUUGGGACAUAGACGAAUCUACUCCAGUACCCCGUGUUGCUCAUCCUUCCGUUCCACCUGCACAUGUCAUCGACCUCACAGAGUCGCCACCAAUAUCUCUACGCCCCGCCAAGCAUGGGAGGUCGAAAAGCCUCGCACGAGAGAAGUCCAUGCCUCCAUCGCCCUCUCGCUUUCGCUCCAAGUCCCGCGCUCGGUCCAAAACGCCAGCUCGGACGAAAACCGCGCCCACUCGAUCCCCUUCUCCAACCCGUGUGGCGCAGCUCUUUACUCCACCCCAAUCCUCUUCGUCAGCCAUCGAAGGAACCCCAGGCGUUCGUGGAUUUGAUGAUCUGCCACGUCCCAGUCCGCGUGCUCGACCGGAACCGAAAUCACGCCGGAAAGACCUGCCAUCAGAUACACCUCCUGUGGCUGGUCCAUCCUCACACGCAGAAGUUCCUAUUCCCACCUGGGAUACACCCCUUCCAAGGCCGAAGAUUGUGAAGAAGGCGUUAAGGCCACGUCUCAUACCCGAGGUCGUGAUAAUCACGAAGUCGAGCAGAACGGGCCUUGCGAAGAAGGUAUCCAAGGAUGCCGUCGACAUUCAUGCCAACGGCGAGGAUGACGAAGAGCCGGCUCUUCAAACCCGUAUACCUCGAAAGGAUAAGGGCAAGGGAAGAGAGGUGAUUGAUCCUGAUGCUGUACAUAACCUGUUGAACCAGCGAGAACGUCCAGCAACACCAUCGAAGUCUGCAGCAGCGAAGGGAACAAGGACAGCAGUCGAGGUGUUGGACCAUGACAAGUCGCCCAAGAUCACUGUACCGUCAUCCUCUCGUGGUCGCAAGCGCAAGCGGGUCAUAUCCUCGUCAUCACUUUCUGGACAGUCUACGAGAGAAGAGCCAGACACCGCUCCUGUGGUUACCACUCCUCGCCGCAGGCGAGGAACCAUUGCGGAGUUGCGAUCUCACUCCAGCUCUGCUAUUUCGCGAACCAAGCGUGCGGUCUCUGAACAACCAGGAGACGGGAGUGAUUUUGAUCCAGGACAUGACGCUCAAGGCAGUUCACGCGGAGACUACCACGAUCGUCGAUCCUCCUCGUCUGCUCCUCACCCGUUCAUGCACCCCCAUCCCCAACCUCAUACCCCCUACCGCAACAGCCGCCACCCACAGUACCCACCAAUACCACCCAUCCAGGAUCCUCAAGCGCAGUACCAGAUUGCGCAAGCUAUUCAGCAUCUGUCAUACUUGAUGAAUGCUGCCAUAGGCAUACCCCCUGGCCAAGGGUUUCCGGACUCGUACUCUCCGCAGUAUCUAGGUCACCCUCCUCCCUGGCCACCCUAUACCCCAACUCACACGCGUCAUCGAUCCCGGCAGCCGCAGCUGUUUGGUUCACCGUCGUCUGGAGUCGGAGCUUCCGGAUCCUCGUCAUCCGCGUUCACUACUCCCAUGCAUAAGCACCACGCAUAUCCGUACGGUUUCGAUCCGUCGUUCUCUGGAGCCACUCUUCCGCCUUCGUCACCCAUAAGCUCACCAGAGCCUUCGUCCCCAAUUUCGCCAAUUGAUCGCGGUAAAUCCAUCGCGAGGGCUCGAAGCAAAUCUCGGGGCCGUCGGGUCUCAUUCAAGCUCACCGACGAUGACAGGCCGCUCCCACCGACCCCGCGAGAUGAUAGCGCCGACGAUGAUCCACGUGAGCGCACCGCAUCGCAGUCUCGGCAAGGCCGUGAUAGCAAACCAGCGAUGACUUCUGCAUUGCGCGCGAAAGCCAAAGGCAGAAACACUGCCCAAACACUGUCCACGGGAUCUUCUACUUCGGCGUCGGCUAAGGGGAAGAGCCUUGCUCAGCACGAUGACAGCGAUGCGGAAGAAGAUACGGUGAAAUCUUCGAGCGGUAAUCGAGGGAGGAGACUUGAAAGAGGACGCACGCCAGCCCCACCUUCUCAGCGGGAGAGAGGUGCAUCUGCGCGAGCGAAGAGCAGAGGACCGGGGAAGGACUGA